AUGGCCCCAGCUGACGAUUACCGAAACACGCCGCAAGCAGCGCUAGUUAUGAUUCUAAUGACCAGCGCCACCAUUCUUGCUCCUCUCAGCGCAAUCCUCUGCUUCAUGAUAUUCUGCGACAACUGGUGCUUCGGCCCUGAACGUCGUCGCGCGGCCGCCUUGACCUCCUGGCGCGAACAAGUCAGCCAAAGAUUUUUCCAUAAUUAUGGGACUAAUCUAGAAAUUGAUACCCAUGACUACCAGCCUUUUGAGGCAGAGCAUGACGAGGAGGCAGUUGGGCAGAGUAGACCACCGCCCUAUGAUAUUGAGGUGGAAGAGGAAGACAAUCAUAGAAAUUCUUCCGACUCCGAACCAAGCUCGAGCUCGAGCUCAAGCUCAGCCUCUAAUUCGGGUUCAGGUUAG